AUGGAAGAAGGAGAUAUUAAUGAUUUGUUUAGACCGAAUAUUGAUAUCUCCGACAAAACUGGAGCCAGUUAUGCAGCGUGCGAUAGUGUUGUCCCUCAGAUGGAGGUUGAGACACCAAGAAAGCGGCAGGGAGGUCAACUGGAUAGCAACUGGAUCUCUAUUCUGGAAGAUAUUAAAGAAGUCCGAGAGCAGCUAUCCCAAUCCGACAUUUAUACACCCGAAGAUAAUACUGAUGUGAAUGAGGCGCCACAAGUGGAUUUGGUUUUCGGGCCUGUGGGAGUCCCUGAUUUCCAAGAUAUCCUCAACUCUGUACCCCCUAGACCGAUAUGCGACAAGCUCCUCUCCGAAUAUUUCAAUGCCCCUUUUAUGCUGCCACUCAUACACACAAUCAAGUUUCAAAAUGAGUAUGAGAGAUUCUGGAAAGACCCAAAUAGAGCACCGGUCUUGUGGGUUGGCCUCUUAUUUUCCAUCCUUGCUCUCGCAGCUUUAGUACGCGAUGCAAUGAAGCCUCAAAGGGAGCCCAGCGAUCAAGACACAAUCUCGGCGAAAAAUUUCCGAAUCCGGACUGCCCAAUGUCUUGUAUUAGGAAACUAUGCUAACUCUAGAGCAUACUCGUUGGAGACUAUGAUGUUGCACCUUAUUGGAAAGUAUGUCGUCAAAUCCGACUCUAGCCUUGACGGCUGGUUCCUCAUGGGUAUCAUUAUCCGCCUCGCGAUGCGACUAGGCUUUCACCGCGACGCCAAAACUCGAACUGACAUUUCACCUUUUGACGGCGAGAUACAAAGAAGGGUAUGGCACUCUAUACUCCAGUUGGACGUGCUGCUCUCUUUCCAGAUGGGAAUGCCCAGUAUGAUCCCAUCUCAAUGCUGCGACACGGAGCCUCCAGGGAACUUUAAUGACUCGGAUAUUCACCCGGACCUUGAAUCGCUUCCUCCUCCACGGCCAGUAACUGACAACACGCCUGUCUUGUACACUAUUGUUAAAGCAAGAAUAAUGGGAGUUUUCAGGGAGGUGGUUGCUCACGUGCAGUCACCCACAUCAUUCUCUUCCUAUUCUGUGACAUUGGAACUGGACGUCAAGCUGCGCAAAGCCUACACAGAAAUCCCACAGAUCUACAGGAUAGAGCCAAUUGGUAGGUCCUUCUUGGUCCCUGCUGGGAUCAUUAUGUGCAGAUGCACGAUUGAACUCCUCUUCCAAAAGGCCACCAUAGUCCUUCACCGGCGAUAUCUCAAUGUCGAGGCCUUGGAUCCACAGUGGGAAUAUUCGAGACGCACUUGUAUCUCCGCAGCACUGGAGAUACUGUCGUUGCAAGAGGAUCUGCACCAGGCAGCAUCACCGGGUGGACGGUUAUACGAGGAUCGAUGGUUGCUAUCGUCCCUGACUUCUCAUGAUUUCCUUCUUGCAUCUAUGGUGAUCUGCUUGGAACUAUCGGUACUCAUGCGAUCGUCCAACGCACCCUCGAGUCAGAUAACAGGAAGGCUUAACGUAUUGUUGAAAUCACAGCGCGUUUGGAUGUCCAGGAGUGAACACUCCAAGGAGGCUCGUACGGCGACACUGGCUUUGCAGCUGAUGAUCGAGAAAGCACAGGGAAACCUCCAAUCGCGGGCUUAUGACAAAGCGAUCAACGAGCUCAAAACAGAUCCUUUGCAGAAUGUGACCGAUUUCGUCAAUAUCGGUGAUGGGUUUCUAGAUACGGAGAUCACAGCGCUACCUUUGCCCGAUUCAAUGACUGAUAUAAUCAAUGGCUCUGAAAGUCUAGAUUGGACUCACUUUGAUCAAUAUUUCCUCAACGACGGACUUUCAACACAAAUGGAUAUAGUUGAUGGCAAUUGGGACUUGCUGGACAUGGGAAUAGAGUAG